AUUACAGGCAGCCUCAUCGUUGUAUUCAACUUUUUACUUGAUUAUGCUUGAUAUGCUAGUCUGUCUUUGUAACAAAUUGUUGUAAAUUAGCAAAAAUGGUGGAUUCUGAGGUGGUACUGAAAGCAGAGGAUAUCGCUCAUGUUUUGCGUGACUGCAUAGCCAUGUUACCGGGAUCACGAGAUCGUAACGGCCGAGCAAUAAUAAUUUUUCCGCCAAAAGAACAACAGUUAAAUCCGGACAAUAUUAGGAAUGUGCUUCGCUAUCUUCACACUGUCACUGCCGAUGAAGCUAGGGAUCUUGGUUUUACUGUGAUAAUAGAUAUGCGUGGGAAACAUGCGUAUAAUAAUGUACGGCCGAUUCUUAAGGCCAUCAACUACCUUUGCGAGAUUACUUCUGGACUUAAUGUAAUGAUACUCAUAAUCAAGCCAGACACUUUCUGGGAGAAGCAAAAAGCAAAUAUGUUACUCGGGUCUUGGAACUUUGAAGUUCAUAUGGUCUCCAUUGAUGCCUUAGUGAAAUUUGUGGAUCCAAAUCAACUUAUCCGCGAUCUUGGUGGAUCGUUUCCUUAUGAUCACGAUGACUGGUUGGAUACUCGCUUGGAAUUGGAGCGAUGGAUCUGGCAAGUAUCUGAGGUGAUGCGCAAUUUAGAAUGUCAGCGUAGAUCUAUGAUGGAGGCUCAAUCGCCGGUGGAUGUGGCAACGGCCGAAGCUGCCCUUUCGCAACACUCUUUGAUAAAAAAGAGCAUAUUUUCGGUCCCAGUCGAGCGUUUGCAAAGCGAAUCGGAGAGGAUCAGUGAACGGAUAAACAGGGCGCAGUGUGGCAUCUCAAAUCCUGAUCUGAUAUCAUCAAUCCCACAUAUGGUUAACCUCCUGACGUCACUACGAGGCUUGAAGAACGAUGUGUUCAAACAAUGGGAGAAUCGUCGUGUCGAAUUAGAAGGAUGCUACCAGAUGAAGCUCUUCGAGCACGACGCUGAAGAGAUGCUUGAGUGGACUAGAAAACAUUGUGAUGCUUUAUCACGCCGAAUGGGUGAUAUCGGUUCUAAUGAGUCAGAAGCUUCAGACAAACUACAUGAGUUUGAAGACUUCUCCAAGACUGUAGGCAAUGCUGAAGUCAACAUCGUUCAAGUCACUAACAUAGCAGUUCGUUUGCAAUCGACUGGUACGCAGUCGUCUCGGAAUAAGCUCGAAAGAACAAAGUUACGAUUAGAGGAGGAAUGGACGAGGUUUCAAGAGCACGUGCUAAAAAGAAGACUCAUACUGAGUUCAGCGGUCGCAUUUUUUGUUGCAAGCAAAGCGUAUUUCAAUCAACUGCCGUCGUGGGUUGAAAAUCCAGGCGUCGAUCCCGCUUCCAUGAACGGAAAGCCUGCGGAAGUUCUUGAAGAGGCUAUCCAACAACAUGAGAAGUUUUGGACUAAUGUCGAGGAAACCUAUGCUGAAGCUUUUGCUCAAGGAUCGCAAUUAGCGCAGAUGUUGAAGUCGGUGGAUAUCGAUGACCCGUUUUCCAAAGAACAACUAGGAAAGCUUACAAGAGCUCACAAACAUUUGCUUUGCUUAUGGAAGGAACGAAGGGUACGCCUUCAUUCCAUGCUGGCUCUGAUAGCCUUCCGAACGGACACCCAACUUGUCGUGGAAUGGCUUGAGCAACAUGGGGAUCCCUACCUUGUCAAAAACACUAGUAUAGGUGAAACUGUGGAACAGGCCAGGACGUUGCAAAGGAAUCACAGUCAUUUUCGACAAAUCGCAAAGAACACCUACUCGAAUGCUAACAAACUAUUUGAAGCCAGCAAGGCCAUUUUAGAGUCAGGUGUGUGUGAUGCUGAAAAAAUGCGAGCGAUGAUAGGAGAUCUAGACCAGCGGGUUCAGCAGUUUACGCAUCGCGUGGAAGCCAGAUUCAAUCUGUUGAAUCAAUCCGUUCUUUUCCAUACACAUUAUCAUGAAAUUAUGGCUUGGUACGAUGAAAUGGAAAAGAAGUAUGCUGAACAUGUUGUUGAUUCGGAUAUCGACUCUUGUGAGAGGAGCAAAGAACAGUGGUUGUAUGAAAGCGAUGGUACUGCUCAGGCUUAUGCAACUACUAUCGGGGAAGGAACACAGUUGGUUCGUGAACUGGAGGUUCAUUCUCAGCAUACUGACAUUGACUAUACUAGUAAUAUAGCAUGCAUCAACCGCUUAAUCAGAAAUAUCGAGAACAGAAACAGUAAACUAUCAGCGAUCUGGAAUCCACAGCGCAUACUGUUGCAAAUUGGGCUGCGAUUUGCGGUGUUUGUACGUGACAACUGCGAAGUAUUAUCACAGAUUCGUAGCUGGGAAGAAGAUAUGCGUGGAAUGUUAGAGUCUUCCACCUUCGCUGGCAAUGCGGAAAAAGUGUUACCCUUUCAUCAGGAUAAUACAGCUCAAGUAAAAAUGGCGGUAAAGAACAUACGGAAAUGCGCUCAAGAAGUACUCCAGUCUAUCCAUGGAAAUGGAUUCUCUGACUUGCGCACGAAGCAAGGUAAGAGCGUUACUGAACUGAUCAAGGAAAACCUAAAAAUUCUCGAAGCUGCGGAACAUCAAGUUAUGCAGUACGCCGCUGAAACAUCUUAUCGGAUAGAAGGCUCCCGAAAGCUGGGCACGAUUCGCAAUGUUGUACGCGACAUAGUCGCAGUAUUCGACCGUGAAGAGAGGGCAUUACAAGCCAUGAGCACGGUGCCUGUAGAUCUUGAGCAAGCCCUUAGAGCGCAGGAAGCGCAUGAACUUUUUAUCAAACGAAUAGAGCUCAAUAAUAUGGAUUCUGUGCGUGUCUUCUACGAGUUGUCGAAUGAUCUUAUCCGGGAGGGUUGUACGGAUAGAGCUGCGGUAGUGGAAUUGAACGAGAUGGUCACGAGUCGUUGGCGACGAUUGAGUGGGCUUGCAGAGGAGCGGAACAAACUUUUGAAGGCUGCUAUUGUGUGCUACAAAACGUAUCUCACCGGAGUCUACCCCAUCCUGGAUCAGCUGGAGAAGGAUUACAGCCAGAACCCAGAUCGAGACUGGUGCGCUGUGAGAGCAGGAGAAACUCCCCAGGAAAGAGUCAAUGUCAUAUCCGAGCUGCUCAGCAAGCAUAUGGAUUACAAAGACAGAUUUCUCAAAGGAUGUAUAUACGCUCAGAAGACAAGCGAACUAUUCCUCAAGUACAUAGAAAGAACAAGCGCUGGCGUUCAAAACCGACUUGACAGUGAAAGGAUCAUUAGAAUGAAGUCUGACUUACGAGAACGUCAAUCAAAGAUACUGGAAUUGUGGACAAAGAAGAAGAAGCAGUUGGAUAGGUGUCAACAGUUUGUACUGAUGGACGCUACUCGUCAUAUCAUAGUAGACUGGUUAUGUGGUGAAGGAGAGCGUCGUCUCUCAGAGUUCAUCAACAAAGGUACAGCUGAUCAGGCAACUAUGGAAGACUUCCACACUUUUAAGCUCACUGUGAAGGAAGAAAGGGCAAAAAUUCAAACUCUCCUCUGCAUGGCCGGUCCUAUUAGAGACGAAGCCAAGCAACAUGCUGCAGAUAUUGCUGAAUGUAUGGAUGAUGUGCGACUCCGCUUCGAGAAAUUCUCGCGCCGUGUAGCUGAGUGUGAAACAAUUCUUCGAGGUGGAAAGCCAUAUCCGAAAGAUGAUCUUUCCCUUGAUCGGCUCUCUGAUGCAAGCGUUGAGGAAAACGUCAGCGCAAUGAAAAGAGAACAGAACAGGAAGAUGAAGGAGCCGAUGCAUGAGCUGAUCAAGUCUGAAAGAGAUUACAUUGAAGAUCUGAGAAAAUGCAUCCAGGUGUAUAUUGCUGAAUAUGACGCUGCGGAAACGAAUUCCUCGCUUCCUCCAGCUUUGAAAGAUCGUCGGCAUGCCAUUUUCGGCAAUUAUGAAAAGCUUUAUGCAUUCCAUGCUGAGAAGUUCUUUCAUGAGCUUUCGAAAUAUGAAGAUGAUCCAGAAGAAGUGGGAUGCUCUUUCACCGUGUGGGUGGAUUACCUCAAUGAGCUGUAUACAGAUUACUGUGUAAAUAUGGAGCAGAACAACCAUGUAGUAGCGUUACCUGAAGCUGUGUCCUUUUUUGAGUCUAUCAGAGAGAAACACGGCCUGGAGCAAAAUAAUUCUCUUCAUUCUAUGCGCAUAAAACCGGUCCAGCGAUGUACGAGGUACAAGCUCCUUAUGGAGCAGCUGCUCAAGCACUGCAAUAAUGUUGAUGAAAUCCGGGAGGCGUACGAUGUAGUGAAAAGUUUGCCACGUCGGGUUAACGACAUCAUACACUUCAAUGGCCUGGAAAAGGAUAAGCUCGGAGUGGUCGGACCCUUUGUUAUGCAAGAUCUGUUGACGGUUUGGGAGCCUCGAAAUUACUUCAACAAAGCAAAAGGGAAAGAGCGUCAGGUCUUCUUGUUCGAACAAGCGAUAGUGAUAGCUAAGAAGGUGGAACUUACGCCAAAGAAUGUUAAAUACAUAAUCAAGGGAAAACCUAUACCCCUGGUGGAUGUAUCCGUCGUGGAGCAUGUCGAAGGAGAUGCGUGUCGUUUCGGUCUUCGUGUUGGGACUGUUGCUAGCAACGAAAAUCGCAUUGAUUUGAGGAGUGCUCCACAACCAAAGGAAGAAGUCAAAAUAAUACAAGAGAGGCCUAUAAUUCAACCUUUGAAUACAUGA